AAAACCCUAGCUACAUUUGCUUCGCCGCUCCACAGAAGCCCUCAGACGGCAGCAGCAACCCCGGGAGUCUCGUGUAGGGAGAGAAACUAGAGAGAGAAAAUGACCACCCGCUUCAAGAAGAACCGCAAGAAGCGCGGCCAUGUGAGCGCCGGCCACGGCCGCAUCGGAAAGCACCGCAAGCACCCCGGUGGUCGCGGAAACGCCGGAGGCAUGCACCACCACCGCAUCCUCUUCGACAAGUACCAUCCCGGGUACUUCGGCAAGGUCGGCAUGAGGUACUUCCACAAGCUCCGCAACAAGUUCUAUUGCCCCAUUGUCAACAUCGACAAGCUGUGGUCUCUCGUGCCUCAAGAGGUCAAGGACAAGGCCAGCACAGAGAAAGUGCCCGUCGUCGAUGUGACCCAGUUCGGCUACUUCAAGGUCUUGGGUAAGGGUGUGUUGUCUUCGUCGCAGCCUAUUGUGGUCAAGGCCAAGCUCGUCUCCAAGACCGCCGAGAAGAAGAUCAAGGAGGCUGGUGGCGCGGUUGUGCUCACCGCAUAGGUUUGAUCUAUCUCAUAUUAGGGUUUUUUUCAAGUUUUGAUUUUUAUGGUAUAAGCGCGUAACCUGAACUUCAAAGUAUUGUAGCUUUGUAUUUGUUUUUAAGUACUUUAAAAUUGUUGCUUUUUUGGGUUGAAUUAAUCUGAACUUGAUUUACUCA